AUGGCCGGUGUCGCAGUCGCAGCCUUGACCGCUAGUGGUCGGAAGGCGUUUGGUGUCAAGACACAGCUGGUCGCACUCAGUGCCUUUGAGAAUGAGCUUGGAGUGCAAGCGCCUGUAGGGUUUUGGGAUCCUGCUGGAUUCACAGCGGAUGGCAGCGUUGAGGACUUCAAGCGACGUCGUCAGACUGAGUUGAAGUGGAAGAUUGGGAGUUGGAAUGUUCGCAGUUGGGGUAGGCUUGGAGACAAGGUGGAUGCAUUGAGCAUACUUCCAGAUCGCGUCAGCAACGCACGCUGCCAUGAGCAGACCAAUGCCCGACUCGACGCCGACGUGGCAGCGGCCCUGGCGCACAAACGCACGUUCUAUCAAGAUGUUCUCCCGCGCACCCAGGAGCGACAGGAUGCAUACCUCGCUGCAACUCGCGCGUGUAGAACUCUUAGCAAACAGCGCAAACAGACCAGACUCCGCUGGAAGAGAGAGUGGAUAGAUCGUCUCACUUUGGAACUAGAACAAGCCAACGCCCAGGGGGAUACCCGAAAAGUGUAUGGACUUAUGCGCAAGCUGGGCAUUCGACAUGAGCUCACACGGGCGAAAAUUACCCACACCUCCGUGGCGGACCCCAUCACUGCCCGGGAGGAAUGGAAGGACCAUUUUCGACGCCUGCAAGCAGGUCGCGAGAUAGCAGAUGAAGCGGUAUGGGCCCACGUGGAUCCCAUCGCAGAGGUGGCACACUGGCUGGAAGACCCCCCUACCGAUGCUGAAAUUCGAGGCUGUGGACUCAACAUGAAAAACGGCAAAGCGGCCGGCGUCGACGGAUUCUUGCCCGAAUUCUAUAAGUAUGGCAGCCCUGACCUCCAACUUCGCAUCAAUGCCAUUGUCCGCCAGAUGUGGCAAGCAGCCCGAUAUGCCGCAGCAGGGGAGGAGGCCCAGAUGGGAUCUAGGCGCGAUCGGUCAGUGGACGAUGCCCUACAAGUGACUCGACGUUUGGUCGAAGAGGCCACCGCCAGCCAGAUGUCUGCCGACACUAUGCUGCUCCGACUCCUGGACAUUGAAAAGGCGUACCCUCGAGUAUCUCGCGACCUUGUGGUGUGUAUCGGCGAUAUCGGUUUCGCAGACGACACGACCUUGAUCGGCGAAGCAGAGGAGGUACACCUCGCAGAACCGCUGCUGGAAGUGACCAUGCGAGAUUGGUACCGACAGCAGCAGUGGUUCCAGUACCUGCUCGCUCAGAUCCAGGUUACCGAACUUGACUGGUUUCGCUUAGCACAGGACCGCGACGCGUGGCAGGCCAUAGUUGAUGCCAAUGCCCAACUGGCCCAGCAAAGCAAUGGAAUCAUUGCAAGGCCAACUGGCACGGAGAAAUACAGCACCUUGUGUGCGUCCCACACCACAUGCUUCCUCAAGAGCUUGGAAAGUGGCAAGGUGAUGGAUGAGAUGGGCUGGGAUUGGACUGUGAUAGCUUCAAAGGUGGAUGAGGAAGUGCUACAUUUGGCUAGCCUCUUGACCCAAGCCUUCAACAGACAAUAA